AUGGCAUUUCAAGCUCCUCUAGCCAUACACCAUACCUCCACAGGUCAGAUGACCUUCCGAUCCCUACUGAGACUGCCAGCAGCUCUUCGUACAGCUGCGUGGAAAACGUCCCAAGCACGAUGGCAGUCUACAACAGCUCCGAAGCACCCGAAGACUGCCAUCUUCUUUCCAGGUCAAGGCGUCCAGAGAGUGGGCAUGACAACAGACUGGGCAGAAGCCUUUCCACGAACUGUGAAGCCUAUGCUCGAGGAGCUGGACGAGACACUCAAAGUGCCAUUGAGUAAGAUUAUCGCGGAUGGGCCGAAUAGCAAGCUUACGGCGACGGAGAAUGCACAGCCUGCGAUCAUGAUGACCUCGAUCAUUAUCCUGCGCGUGCUGGAGCGCGAAUUCGGCUUCAAGACGUCGGAAAGGGUGGAUAUCACUCUGGGUCACUCUCUGGGCGAGUUCGCAGCUCUGGUAGCUGCUGGAUACCUCCGACAACCAGAUGCACUACGCCUGGUGAGAAGGAGAGCUGAAGUCAUGGCGCGAUGCUCAAAAGAAGUUGGCGAGGAGGUUGGAAUGGUGGCCUUAGUAUGCGAGUCAGACCACCUCAGCUCCAUGGUGGAUGCCAUCCACGAAUUCCUCGGCCAUCAUAAUGAAGGCUCGAAAGCAGAUAGUGGUCCGGACUACGAGUUGCCUGCCGUGCAGCAAGUUCUGAUCGCCAAUGUCAACGCCAAGAAUCAGAUUGUGCUCUCCGGCAGUAUCAGGCGUAUCAGCGAGCUCUUGACCCAUCUUCGUCAAUUCGCUGGCCAUGACCCACGCGCAGUACGGCUGAAGAGCGACUCACCGUUCCACAGUCCCCUAAUGAAGCCUGCGUCGGAAUUGAUGAAGAAGCUCCUGGACCAGCCAUCCCAAGCUGCUAAAGGUGAAGACACGGUCGUCUGGCCGGGCAUCAUGCCUUGCGUGUCCAAUGUCUCAGCAAGACCAUUUGAGAGCCAGCAGCAGCUUAAGGACUACCUUGCUCGGCAAUGCGUGGAGACCGUACUCUGGCACGAUAGUAUCAUCUACCUUCACAAAGAGGAGAAAGUGAAGCGGUGGGUUGGCAUUGGGCCUGGCAAGGUUGGACGAAACCUGGUCGGUAAGGAGGUCGGCAUGAAGGGCGCGGUGAAGGGUGGUGGUGUAUGGGGUAUCAGUGAUCCACGUGAAGUGGAAGCCGUGCUGCGCGACCUUGAGAUGACUGAGCAUGCCGAGGAAUGA